CCAUGGUGACUGAGAGAACAGUUGGCAUGGCAAUUGGGAUCCCACCGAUUAGCAGAACAAGCAGAUUAUCGAUCCCAACUCGGUAUGCCCUCUUUUGCAGGCCAUAGAUGACCACGAUCUCGAUCACCAUGCCAAUUGCGAUGGAGCAAAUGCAGAAGUUUCCAAUUGCUGUCAGAACCUGCUGGAAAUGGCCGACAUUGUUUGUGCUAUCAACAAGGUGAGCUGCUUUCCCGAAGAAUGUAUGGACACCAGUCGCGAUCACGACUGCCUCUAUCUCUCCUUGCUUGCAGGUUGAGCCGGAGUAGACUCCAUCUCCAGGACUCUUGGUCACAGGAAGCGACUCUCCAGUCAAAGCAGCCUGGUCAAUCUUUAAAGGGUCUCCUUCGAGAAGGCGGGCAUCAGCAGGAAUGAUAUCACCAAGCUUGAUGCUGACAAUGUCUCCAGGCACCAGAACGGCGGCAUCUUCCUCGCUCCAUCUCCCGCUUCGAAGGACCUUGGCUUUCGGUGCCAGCUGAGCCAUGAGAGCAGCAGCUGCAUUGCCAGCAUUGUUUUCCUCUAUGAAACUGAUAGUGGAGUUGAUUAUUAGCAGCAUUAUGAUGCCGACGAAAUCAUGGCAGAGAAAGAAAGGAAGGCUAACUUCUGAUAUAUCAAUACAUACCCCUCCAUGUGCAAGAGUAAUGGCCAUCAGAGCAGCAGCCUCCAUGACCCACGAAAGUGGAUUCCACAUAAACCCCAAGAACUUGAGGAAUUUGCUCUCCUUCUUCUCUUCAAGCUUGUUGUACCCGAACAGCUCCAGCCGCUGCUGAACCUCAUCAGAGCUCAGGCCUUCUCUUGUACACUUGAGAUGCUCAAACACUUCCUCCAUUGGUGCAUUUUCCUGCCAGCAACACCAACCAGCCAACAUGAAAAAUCAGAAUCGAGAAAAAGAAAGAUUGUUAAAGGAAGGGGAAGCAACACUUAAAGCUGGGGAUAUGAAAGGGAAGAUUGAUGUUUGAUGUUUGAUGUUUGAUGAUUGGUGGGUUGAGGAUGAAGAGAAUGCAAGGGAACUGUCUGGUAUAUAUAUGAAGACCGUCUGUGGAAAGAGUGGAAGGAAGUUGGCAGAAGGGAACAAAAAACAGAAUGAAUUCGAAAGGAGAGCAGAAACCGGCGCCUGCACUAUUACAUAAUGUAUGUAUAUUUCGGGCAGGGUGGCGGUCGUGGCUUAAGAAGGUCCGCUGAUCGGCGGCCGCAGCGUUGUCGUCGCAUGAGGAAAUGCCCAUUGUCAACUUUGCUCGUCAGCACAAUGUUCUGGCAGUCGUGUUCAAAAUAGAAAAAGAAGCAUAUGUUAAAUAUCGCAGUCGACACAAUAUUAUUCACGUUUACACAAUGUUGCACAAAGUAGGAUUGGGGCUAUUUGAGUUUUGUCAUUUGUGAAAGUUGG